CAAAGGAAAAGAAGGAGAGAGCGUUAUAUAUCAAACCACAUGCUUGCAUCAUCUCUCUUUCUCUAUAUUAAUUUUAUUUAUUUUGUCUCAGUUUGGUUCAUCAAAUAUCCCUCAUUGUCUUUGUCUAACACCCAUCCGGCUCUCAUGGAAGAAAGCAACAACUCGGGCGUGGUGGACUUCCCUAAAAACUUUAUGGACGAGCUCUUGUGGGAGGAGUGGUGGGACAAAGAGAAUGGGGUAGCAUCAUCAUCAAGGCUGAAGGAGAGAGUGACUUGCGCCAUGAGGCACCUGCAAGAGGUGAUGGGAGAAAGGGAGUUGCUGAUCCAGCUGUGGGUGCCUGUAGAGAGAAGGAGCGGAAGAGUGCUGAGCACGGAGGAGCAGCCUUACUCUCUCAACCCCUUCUCCCAGAGCCAGAGCCUGGCCCUCUACAGAGACGCCUCAGCCGGCUACAGCUUCGCAGCAGAGGUUGGGUCGGACCAGCUGAUGGGGUUGCCUGGGCGCGUGUUCUUGAGGAGGAUGCCUGAGUGGACACCGGACGUUCGCUUCUUCAGGAGCGAGGAGUACCCUCGCAUAGGAUACGCCCGUAGGUACCAGGUUCGAGCCUCCCUCGCUGUACCACUAUUCCAAGGAGCGUCGGGGAACUGCGUGGCCGUCAUGGAAAUGGUCACCACUCGCCGCAACUUGGAGUAUGCCUCCCAAAUUCACACCAUCUGCCAUGCCCUUGAGGCCUUUGAUCUCCGGACUUCACAAACCUCCUCCAUCAUUCCUGCAGCCUCUCUCAAGCCCCACGCAGACGACGACCUUCACACAGAGGUGGCCUCGAUUCUCCAAGGCAUCUGCAGUUGGAACGGACUCUCUCUAGCCAUCACGUGGGGGCACCAAGACUCAUCCACCCUUUCAGCUCUAAUCUCCGCCUGUUACGCCGCUGACCAAAACAGCCGCUGCUUCCUGGCCGCCUGUUCAGAGCACCAUCUACUCGGCGGCCAAGGAAUCGCUGGAAGAGCUUUUGCUACCAAGAAACAGUGUUUCGUAACAGAUGUGGCCAUCUUCAGCAAGUGGAGCUACCCUCUCUCCCAUUACGCCAAGAUGUUGGACCUCCACGCUGCUCUCGCCGUGCCUCUCCUGACCAGACGCAACCGCACCGUCCAAUUUGUUCUCGAGUUCUUCUUCCCCAGGGACUGUCUUGACAUCCAAACUCAGAGGCUGACCCUCGUCUCCCAACUCAACCAACGCUUCCAGAGCUCACCACAUCUGAUGGUAGACGACCAACUUGCAGAAGACGUGAGGGACACAGCCACGCCCCUCACAGAUCACUCUAGCCGAUCAGCACAAGAGGAGGCUACGGAUCCCAAGGGCAAGUCGCUUUCAUUUUCUUCUUCUUCUUCCUCCUUGGAGAGCCGGAAACGCAAGACAAGGGCUGAAAACGAUAUCACUUUGGAGACGCUCAAACAACACUUUGCUGGCAGCCUUAAAGACGCUGCUAAAAAUAUUGGGGUAUGUCCGACGACCUUGAAGAGGAUCUGCAGACAGCACGGAAUCUCAAGGUGGCCAUCGAGGAAGAUCAAGAAAGUUGGACAUUCUCUUCGAAAACUGCAGGUGGUGAUGGACUCUGUUGAAGGAGUUCAAGGCUCUCUCCAUCUCGCCUCCUUCUACUCAAGUUUCCCUCAACUUCAAUCUUCUUCUUUUCCUUUGAUCAAUCCAAACCAAACUGUCCAUGUGCCUCCUCCUAAGUCGCCACCUUCGUUAUCUGGUAGCCAUAGCUCGUCAGGUUCAAGUACUUGUUGCUCCUCCGAAGAGCAACAACUUAGUGGCUUUCAAAAACCAGCUCUCAGCCAUCCACAGCUACUUACUCUAAGCAGCCUGCAAGAGGACCAGAGGCCAGCUCGUGUUACCUCAUCCUUACCCCCAUUGCCAUCCGCAACAGCUUCAAGGAAAGCAAAGGACGGGAUGAAAGUGAAGGCUAUGUUUAGGGAUUCCAUGCUGAGGAUGUGCCUGCAGCCCCACUCGCGUCUCACAGACCUCAGAAGAGAGAUCGCAAAGCGGUUUGGGAUGGAUGAUGUUUUGACAAGUAACUUCAGCCUCAAGUACAUGGACGAUGAUCAAGAAUGGGUUCUACUGACGUGCGAUGCUGAUCUUGAGGAGUGCAUACAAGUCUACAAGUCUUCUCUUGAAAAAACUAUCAGAAUCUUGGUUCACCAUCCUCUCUCUCUUCCUUCCUUUGAUUCUUAACCAUAUCCUAAACCUUCUUCGCUAAUUCCAUCAUCCUAAUUACAUCGAUGUACUCUGGCUUGGUUUGUAUAUCUUUUUUUUUACAUAUAUAUGCAACAAACUUGUUUGAUAUAAAAGUAUUCAUUUAGUUGUUGGCUU